UUUUGGGUAAACUUUUCAUUGAUUUUGGUUAGUUAUGAUACCAGAGAUCUUUAAAAGAUGCUAAGUAUUUGGGGAAAUAUCGGAAUGCCACGGAGCAGUGGGCUUGAUUUCUUAUUUUAGCAGAUUCUGUUCUGUAUCUGAUGGCUGAGAAUUUUGUUUUUCUAGUUUACUCUUGAGUCCUUAUCUUAAGUGAAAAUGAAAAUUCGUUGCGUCAGUCUCUAAUAAUUUGAGAUUUAUACUGAAAUACCAGUGUUGCUUGGAAUAAUUUUAUUAUUUUCUGUAUCAAUGUUUUGUGCAUUUUCAACUUUUUGGGUGUUUUGGAUCUGAAAAUAAAUAUUACUGGAAAUAAAAGAUUUGGAUGUCAGCUUUUGACUGCGGAAGUCAUGGCCGCCCGCUGUUUUCUUAUAAUCCAUGUGGCAAAUUUCACAUGUAGCUUAACUUCGGUGCAAAUUAAAUUUUGAUAAACAAAUUGAAUGCAAAGGUAAAGAGUCUACUACUAAUCAGUUUCAUAUGGCAAAAUAAAACCUCUUAAAGUUAAAUCAUUUAUAAAAUUACUUUUUUUUCUUUAAGAAUUUGGAGUUGACCAUACUAUUUACUAAUUCCAAGGUCACCCGUGAUAGUAACAUGUGUUUUGACCUUUUCUUCCAUUCAAAUGAAGAACAAAUCAACAAAUUUUCAGCCAACAGAACUUGGUCUAGUUCUUUUCUCAGGUCUUUGGAUGGGGUGGAAGGAAACCCUGAUGCUAAAGUUGUAGCAGCAUUAAGGAGAUGAAAGGAGUAUCUUGGGGAUUGAUAAUUGGGGUAACAGUUGGGGUGGUAAUAGGACUGCUUUUAGCCACAGCAGCUUUGUUCUGCUUUAGACUCCGGAAGAGGCGAGCUCAGAUAGGCAACAGUAGCUCAAGAAGGGCUUCGACAAUUCCAAUCCGAACAAAUGGUAUUGAUACUUGCACAAUUCUUUCAGACUCGACCACUGGUCAGGAAUCACCCAAAGCUUCAGAGACUAAUGGUGGGUCUUUGUGGCUUGAUGGACCUAAGAAAAAGAGUGUUGUCUCUGUUUCUGGCAUACCAAGAUAUCCUUACAAGGAUUUGCAGAAAGCUACCAGUAAUUUUACGACAGUUGUAGGUGAAGGGGCAUUUGGUCCUGUUUAUAAAGCUCAAAUGUCGACUGGUGAAACAGUUGCUGUUAAAGUGCUUGCUACUGAUUCUAAACAGGGGGAGAAGGAGUUCCAAACAGAGGUCCUACUUCUUGGGAGGUUGCAUCACAGGAACCUUGUUAAUUUGGUGGGAUACUGUGCAGAAAAGGGCCAGCAUAUGUUAAUCUAUGUAUAUAUGCCUAACGGCUGUCUGUCUUCCCACUUGUAUAGUGAAAAAUAUGGACCGUUGAGCUGGAAUCUGAGGAUCCAUAUAGCUCUGGAUGUUGCAAGAGGCUUGGAGUACCUCCACGAUGGCGCAGUUCCUCCUGUAGUCCAUCGGGACAUCAAAUCCUCAAAUAUAUUGUUGGAUAAGUCCAUGAAAGCCAGAGUUGCAGAUUUUGGACUUUCAAGGGAGGUCAGUCACGAUGCAUCAAAUAUCAGGGGAACCUUUGGCUAUCUGGAUCCCGAAUAUGUAUCGUCAAGGUCCUUCACCAAGAAAAGUGAUGUGUACAGCUUUGGAGUUUUGCUUUUUGAGUUGAUUGCUGCCCGCAAUCCACAGCAGGGUCUCAUGGAAUAUGUUGAACUUGCGGCAAUAAAUGCUGAGGGAAAGACUGGGUGGGAGGAGAUUGUGGAUUCCCGGCUUGAAGGCAACUAUGACAUAAACGAGCUCGAUGGUAUGGCCAAUCUGGCAUACAAAUGCGUCAACAAACUUUCCAGAAAAAGACCAUCCAUGAGGGACGUAGUUCAAGCACUUUCCGUAAUUGCUAAGGAGAAUCAUAGUAAGAAGAGGCAGAGCCGACAGUUCUUGCAAAUUACAAUAGAGGAAGGAUCUACAGAUAAUGAACACUUGGGUACCCUAAACUCAAUCCCAAAACACCAACGUGAGGAUUCUAUGGAUAGCUUGUCAGAUUUGCCUGAUGUUUAACUAGGUUCUGUACAUUUUUUAGUGAAUGAGGGAUGUGUUACCCUCUAUAUAUGUGGCACGUUGCUGACUUGGCACAAAUCCAAGCCAUCAUCAGUUUGUAUUCUUUGGAUAGUUUGUUAGAUUUUAUUUAUUUUCUUUUAAUUCUGGAAAUGUAUUCUUUGUUUUUGUUGAUUCUAUAGUUGUAGUUCCGCUUCAAGCUAGAGAUUAGUAAUUUUGAGGGUGAUGGGCGGGGACUGGAGAGUGUACUGGUCUUUAUUGCAAUGUAAGUUCCGUUUUGUAGCUAUACUUGUUAUCGAAAGAAAUUUGUAAGAAGGUUCCUUAGCCUUUUUUUUU